UGCCCCCGCAUGGGAAGCUAGAGCUGACAGAGGGAGCUCAUCCAUGCUCAAAUAAUUCAGAUAAUCCCAUCACACUGAUACUUUGCUGUAGAUGUGUUAUUUCACAUCUGCAAUUAUUCCCUUUGUGGAUCUGUCUGCCAGCUCUAGGCUAGAUGCAUCACGUCUUCGUUGUCGAAAAGAUCACUGCAUUUAUCACACAACUUGGGCCUGUGUAUGUCACCAUCAAGAUCUUGGGCCAAAAAUGUGAGCUUUAAAAAACUAACCUUUUCACAUUUUGACCUGUGCUCCCAAUUUUACCUCAAAAGUAAUUCAGCUAGAAAACGUCAAAGAGAUCUGUUCCUGUUUUCCAUUCCUCUUUCCUGUCACCCUCAUCAAUCCAAGUGUAUUCAGGAGCCCAAUGGUCCAUUAAUAAUGCCUGCUUUUGCAGGCUUACCGGGAAGUUUAUGACUUUAUUGCCUUGGUACAAGGUCAUCCUCACUGAACAAUCUUUCAUGGCCCAUUUCACCUUGAUUACUGCUUGCUCCUUGCUUUUUACAUCCAUUCCUUAUUCUAUCACACAACUACUUUGCACUAAACCAAAUACAUCCUUAAUACUGCAAGCUGCUGCAGAAUGGACAAAGGAAACUGGUAGGAGAGGGGCAAAUGUCUUGGGCUCAACUUACACUCUGAUUCCUGAUGCUAUGGGAACCUUGAAGAUCAUCUCCUUGGUUGUCUAUGGGAUCACCUUCCUUCUAGGGCUGCCCUCCAAUGUCCUAGCUCUCUAUGUCUUUUAUUGUCGUGCCAAGGUACGUGUGACACCCAACCUCAUCUAUAUGAUCAACCUGUGCCUCUCUGACCUAGUCUUUGUUCUCAUCCUACCCCUGAAGAUGCUAGCAGUGUGGAAAGGGAACUGGACCCUGCCAGGCUUCCUCUGUGCUCUUUACAAUAUAAUCCACUUUGGCACAAUCUAUGCCAGUGUCUGUUUUCUGACUGUUGUCAGCGUGGGACGCUUUCUGGGAGUUGUUUUCCCUAUCCAGUAUCAGAUUUACAAGAAUCCUUGUUACUCGUGUCUAGUUUCUCUGGGAAUAUGGAGCAUAGUAGGAUUCCAUGGGAUUCUUCUCUUUGUCCUGGAGAACACCAAGGAUCUUAGUCCCAGACUCUUUGCUGAUGACACCUGGACUUGCUAUAGCAACUUUACUGACCAGCAGUUGGCCUUGUUGCUUCCUAUUCGGCUGGAGCUGUCUGUAGUAUUGUUCUUCCUCCCCUUGGCCAUCACUUUUUUCUGCUAUGCUGCCUGCAUCCGGGUCCUGGUUGGAUCACAUCUCCAUGUGCAGAAGAAGCGCCGUGCCGUGCGGGUGGCAGUGGCCACUCUCUUCCUCUUUGUCCUCUGCUUUGGCCCUUACAACAUCUCCCAUGUUGUGGGCUUCAUCCUCGGAGAAGAUCUCUGGUGGCGUAGUGUGACUCUCCUCCCAAGUGCCUGCAAUGCUUUCCUGGAUCCUCUUGUAUUCUACUUCCUAUCUACUGCUGUGGAUGAUGGGAUAAUCCAAGUGUGGCGAUCCCUGAAGGAAAAAUGUAGUUCCCUCAGGAUGAAAAUUUCUUUGACCCAUGGAAAACAAGGAAACCAACAAAAAGCUUUGAGCAUUGCCUGAGCGAUUGAAAAUUGUCUUCUUUUACCAUUCUGUCUCACUCUUGUGGUCUCCAAAAUAUUAGAUGGAAAAAUUACACAUGGAACAAUAUAUAAUAAAGUAAUCAUACAGCUGUCACUUUGUAAAGGAGAUUAGGCGAGAUGUCAAGAGGAACAACAAUGAAUUAUAACGAACAUGGAUGUAACAUGUUUGAAGAUCAUCAUCUUAAUAACUGAAUGAGGUGAGGAACCAGGCCAAAGGAAGAUGCAGUCUUAGAACUACAGGUUUUCUUUAUCACAGUAACCAUCUGUUAUAUUGGAAGACUAAAUUGACAAUUGGGUAAGACAAAGAAAAAAGGAUUUGUUGUUAAUUUUCACACAUGUUAUAUGAGCGGAUCAUGGAUUCAUGGAGGAUCUUUUGGAUGACAUAUUAGUUCAUGGAGGAACUCUUGGAUGACAUAUUAGUUCAAAAUAAAUUUGGGUCCAAAUGUCACAUUAUGUGGAGGAUCUAUAGUUGAAUCUUUAGGAAGGAAGGAGAGAAGGAAGGAAGGAAGGAUAUGUACCAAAUAAGAACUGAAGCAUUAUCUUGCAAUGUAAAGAGGAAUAACCCUAAGGGAACCUGAGAACAUUCAACUAAACUAUGUCUACUUCUGGAACUAAAUGAAAAAGAAGGUCUUACUGUGAGGUUUUUAUGUAAUCAAGGGCUAAGAUGACCAUCAUUACUAUGUGAUCAACUAUGUGUUAAAUGACAGUGGGUUGUGUAUGAGUGUGGGUUCUAUACAUGGAGAUCCAAACUAUAGAUGGUGCUUCAUUUUUCAGAAAAGCAAUUGCUAUUCAGCAUGAUCUUUAUGGAAUGAAAUAAUCUGUCCCAAAUAUGCAGUUGUUUGCAUGGGACAGCAAUUGUGCUGAGGGUGGUGCAGGUGGUGCCAUUCUUUUAUGUCAGUAGAGCAGUGAAUCCUCCCCAGCUUUCACUAACAUUUAUGUCAUUUUCUUCAACAUGUGAUGGCUCCAAGGUGGAGAUAGAUAAUGUCACCAAGGUGCUAAGCUCUCCCUUUCAAAAGGGAGAGCCUCCUUCUUUGGAGGCUUUUAAGCAGAGGCUGAAUGGCCAUCUCUCAGGGGUGCUUUGAAUGCUAUUUUCCUGCUUCUUGGCAGGUGGUUGGACUGAAUAGCCCACGAAGUCUCUUCCAACUCUAUGAUUCUAUGAUCCUAUGAAUGCCUUUAAAAGG